UUCGGGGUGCUGACGAGGCCUGAAAGUGGCCGCGGGGCUUGCCGGGACUUGUAAUUAGAAUCUGCGGUCGCCGGUUGCCGCCUACGUUGCUAGCCUUAGCGUCGCGGUUACUAAGGAGUGGGUGGGGAAGACUGUGGCAAGCGCCACCGUGGAGCGACUCCGAGAUUCCCGUGAGGCUCGCAGGCGUGCAUCCCGCCUGACGGGGACAUCGCCUCCGCGGACCGUACGGAGGCGGAAACGACGCCGGAGGCAGGUAAAGAAACAGGUAAAGAAACAAAAACAAAAAGGAGGCAAAGGAUCAUUCCCAAGGUCAAAGAUCAGGGAGAUGAUGUCUUCAGGAAUGUACAAAAUGGACAAUGGCAAGCCUUGCCUCAACAACUGCUUUCCAGCCAAAAGUCUCCUUCGGAUGCCGGAAGAAGGCCGGGGACACUGGUUAGUGGCUCGGAAAGGUAGCAUGAAGAAAGGUGUGGCUAAGGCAUCCACUGAAGGCCAGGAAAACCUGAAGAGGGUUUCUUUCGAGACUGGGUUGAAGAAAGCAUCUCGGCGGGAGAGCCAGGCAGACGUUAUUGGACACGUCUUGGACCGGGCUUUUCUGCUGAAGCACCACUGUGCAAGAAAGCCAUCAGACCUUUGCACUAUCAAUGUGAGCGGCAUGAAGUUCUCCAAGGCAAAGGAAAAGGACUUCAAACAUUUUACUUCUGUGAUUUAUAUCAACGCCUCUGAAAACCUGCUGCCUCUAGAUGCUUUUCACACAUUUCCAGCCCUAAAGGAACUGGAGCUUGCAUUCAACAGCAUCAAGAUGAUUUAUGUGAAAUAUGGAGACUUCAAGACAUUGGAAUUCCUGGACCUUUCCUUCAACAGCCUGACCGAGGAGGCCAUCUGUGAUCUGGGGAUUCUGCCGCAUCUCCGUGUGCUGCUCCUCACAGGCAACGGGCUCACCUCUCUGCCACCCAACAUGGCUGUCGCAGAACAGGAGGCAUCCGUAUCAUCACUGACAAGCAAGAAGUACAUCCUGAGGUUCCCAGCACUGGAGACCCUGAUGCUGGAUGACAACAAACUGUCCAAUCCCAGCUGCUUUGCCAGCCUGGCUGGGCUCAGGAGACUGAAGAAAUUGAGCCUGGACCAAAACAAGAUUUUCCGGAUCCCGUACCUACAACAGGUUCAGCUCUGUGAUGGAUCGGGGGACUGGGUUACAGAGGGGCCAACCCCCCAGAAAGAGCUGCAGACCCAGACGUGGAUAUUUGAGACCCCGGAUGAGCAACCAAAUUAUACUGUACUGCCCAUGAAGAAGGACGUGGACCGCACAGAGGUCGUGUUCUCAUCUUACCCUGGAUUUUCAACCUCAGAGACAGCCAAGAUAUGUUCCCUUCCUCCCAUAUUUGAGAUUCUUCCCGUGAAGUCACUGAAAGCGAGGAACCAGACACUGGCCCCACCUUUCCCAGAGCUCAGAUACCUUAGCCUGGCCUACAACAAGAUUGCAAAGGAGGAUGCUGUCCUGCCAGCGGCUCUCUUCCCCUCCCUCUGUGAGCUUGUCUUCCACAACAACCCUCUGGUGGCACACACACGAGGGAUCCCACCGCUGCUAAAGAGCUUCCUCCAGGAGCGCCUGGGCAUCCGCUUAGUUCGAAGGAAACUGGUAAAAUCUAAACACCAUAUUUUGAUGCCUCGGAAGGAAUCACGAAAGGUGAAAACUCACGUCCCCAAGGUGUCAAGGCAUUCUCUGGUCCCCCACCACAUGAGCUUGACCCCGGACAAGCCUCCCUCAGGUCUCAUGCUGGAGCCAGAGCCAGGAGCGGAAGCGCUGCCCUCUCCCGAAAACACCUCUCACGAGGCGCUGCUGGCCACAGAGGCCUCAGAAGGCACUCCCCUGACUCACCGGACCUUUGUGCCGAUGCCCCCCAUCUGCUCCGACUCCACUGUGCACAGUGAGCCGGGGUCCCACCCGAGCCGUGCGGCUGCCCUCUUGAGCCCAGAGCACCCAUCAGAUGAAGAUGCCAAGAGUACGGAGUCCAUCUUCCUGACCCAGGUGAAUGAGCUGCCACCCUCCACCGUCCACAAGGAAAAGUUAGAGGCAAAGGAGAGUGACCAAAAGAGGCCAUUAACUGCACCCAGAGAGGCCAAGAGGACGCGGAGGAAGCACCCGUCUGCCUCUGUGCACAACAAGUACUAUGGUUAUGAGGAACUGCUCACAGCCAAGCCUGACCCAGCCUUCGUGGAGCCCAAGGGCAUCCAGAAGAAUGCACAGGCCCUGCAUCGCAUGCUGAAGCAGCCGCUCAUCUGUCGUUCCUCCAAGCCCAGGCUGGACACUUUCCAGAAACCCUACGUCCCCAAGGAGAAGCGGGCUGGGAGGAUACCAAUCCCACCCCCACGGAAGACCCGAGCGCAGCUGCUGGAUGACAUCCUCAUUCGCAUGCGGGACCCUCGGAACGUCACUGAAGCUCCACUGGGCGCCGUGCUGCAGCGGCGUGCCCAGCAGCGCCUGGUGAACCAGAAGCAAUACCGGGAAGCCAAGAAGCUGCUCAAGGAGUUCCGUGCGCGCUACAGGCAGCUGGUGCGCAGCUCGCUGCGGACUGUGUUCACGGCCAGCCCGCCGCCCAGGCCGCCCACCCGCCGCGCGCUGAGCGCGGGCCAGCCCAAGUUGGGCCGCUUCCUGGAGUUCAUGGACGAGUUCUGCCAGGACACCACGGCCAGCGACUCGAAAGAGUAGAGCUAGGCACCGCCCUCCCCAGGGGCUAUGUGCCCUGGACCGUGCCCAGCCCUGAACAGAGGGGGCUUGGGCUCCAUCUCGCUUCGUGGUCAGCAUGUGGAGCUCGGCAGGACCUCGCCUCCGAGCCCGGCCAGGCUGCACCUGGUGGCUGGCCCAGCAGCAAUAAAGACUGGUGCAUAGAGCAAUA